AUGUACACGAAGCCUGCUCUCGCGAAACGCAAUGCGUUGAUCGCAUUCGCAGUCAUUGCCUCACUACUUAUUGUCGUCAUUUCCAGUCGCCAUGCCGGCCACACCACAGAGAAGGGCUUCGGCUACGCAGCUAGUCAUACCGUUGCCAAAGAGAGUGGCGUAUCGCCUGGCUCGAGGGAGUUUUCCACGCCUGGACAAGUCGCUAGCUACUGCAAGCAGCACAAUUUCAAGAUGUACGGUUCCAAGGACACGGGCCAUUACCAUCGCAAGAUCUACGACACAUUCCUUUUCUCAGCCGAGCUAGACUGGCUAGAGAUACGACUGAACACAUUGGCGCCAUACGUGGACUACUUCGUUAUUGUUGAGUCGCCGACGACCUUUACUGGCAGAGAGAAGCCACUGUACUUGGAGGAGCACUGGGACAAGUUCAAAAGGUUCCACAAGAAGAUCAUUCGCAAAACAGUGCUUGAUCCCGGCCCAAGUCUCGGUCUCAGCUCGUGGGCACACGAGGGCUACUUCCGGAACUCGCUAUUCCAUGCGACCUUUCCGUCGCUCAUCUACACUGCGAGAGAAGCUCACGAAGGCGACGUGAUCAUUCUGAGCGACGUGGACGAGAUCCCCAAGCCGGAGACGAUGAAGAUCUUGCGGCACUGCGACAUCCCAGACAGACUUACUCUUCGAAGUCAGUUCUACUACUACUCCUUCCAGUGGCUACACAUCGGCGAGCAGUGGCCACACCCGCAGGCGACUGUCUUCCAUGGACUUCACGAUACUCUUUCGCCGAACGACCUCCGCCAUGGCUAUGGCGGCCCGGUCAGCUGGAUACCGUUCUGGGGGAUGAUUACAAGAUGGUACCAGAAAGCUGAUCUGUGGGAUGCCGCCUGGCACUGCUCAUCCUGCUUCGCCACGCUCGAGGAGAUGCGGCAAAAGAUGUCCAGCUUUUCGCACACGCCUCUAAAUACGCAGGAGAACAGAGAUGAAGCUAUCAUGCUGCAAAGAGUCCGCACUGGCCAGGAUCUCUUCGGGCGACCUGGCGAACUCUACAAUCGGGUUGAUAACAACACUGAUGUACCGGCAUUUAUUCUGAAGCACAACGAGAGAUUCCAGUAUCUUCUGGAUAGGGAUGGAGAGAAUGCUGGGUUCAAGGAUUUUAGCGAAUGGCAGACGCCGGCAGCGUGA